UCCACCUUCAUGUUCAGCGUCUGCACGCCUCAUUUGACCUUCAGCCUGCCCUUCAGCUCGCACAGCCAUGGCGGACAGCGGCGUCUUGCCUCUCCAGGAGUACAUGGCGUCACUGGACAGCGCCAGUCUGCCCAGGAUCCUGCAGGUCUGCUCGGGCGUGUACUUCCAAGAGUCCAUCUAUGAGAUCUUGGGGAACGAGGUGUGCUUCUCCACCGGGGACGUCAUCAAAGUCACCGGCCUUGAACUCCUGUCCGUCUCCUGCCAAGACGUCAGCAGCCAGGAGAAGUUUGAGCUGCCCAUCAACCACACAGGUUUGUUCAAGAUCAUUCCUGAGGUGCUGCACUACAGCACGGUGGAGGAGCUGGUCAAGCUGAGGCCGGUAGAUUUACAGUCCGCCCUCCCCGUCACCUUCACCAGCCGCUCCAAAGUGGCCCUGGGGGAGGUCACGCUAGGGGAGGGCGCGGUCUUGACCCUGCUGUCCGUGGAAGAGGACCGGUGCAGGUGCCAAGUCCAAGGCCAGAGCGAGGCCUCGGCCGAGGUGUACGUGCCGCUGGCCACGCGCGGGGAGUUCUACGUGUGCGAGGGCGAGGAGUGCUUCACCCUCCAGGAGAUCAUGGCGUCGCCGUGUCUGCGCAGCCAAAGGUUCCGCUUCAUCAACACCACCAUGUGCCAGCGGACCCUGGUCCUCAGUCCCGUGUUCCAGGUGUGCGGCGUCAUGAACUUGAGGAAAAACGUGCUGAGGUUCUCUUCCAGCUUAGAGGUGGACGUGGUGGACAUCACCGACGUGUGCAAGGAGGUCAACUUUGUCUCCCCUCUCAGUCUCACGGAAGUCCAUUCCCAGCCUGAAGAAUCCUUCCCGGUCGUCGUGGAGGUCCUGGAGGGGCCGGAGAAGCCCCCUUUGUUGAAUUGCGAAUGGCUGCCGCGUCUCCAGAAGGAGACACUGUUGAUUUUCCACAGAAAGAAAACCUCAGCCAUGGUCAUGAUGUCCAGUGUGAAAAGCCAAAAGACGCAGCAGUACUUUCUGGUCUCCAAACAGUACGGUGGACAAUUCCGGAGGCGUCCCAGAGGGUUCAAUUCUGUCUACGAGAUCCACGUGGCCAGCUCUCUACAAACAUCAGGGUUGAGGCUGCUGGUCACAAGCAACUGUGAGGAAGUUGAGGAGGAAGGUCUUCCUGGGCUCAGUGUCGGGGAACAGCUGGAGGUGGUUGGCUGUCAAAAAGUCCAGCUUCCAUGCGGACAAACUGAGAGGCAGUCAGUGGAAGCCCUCGUUUGCCGGCGCAUCCAAGAUCUGGAUGAAGCAGAUGAGGACGAUGAGGUUUUCCUGCCUUUGUACAUGCAAGGACACUUUGUGGAGGUACUCGGCGAUAACAAAAAGUACAAACUGGAAGACUUGGACAGGUUGUUCAAGCUGCCGCUGGAUGUUAAAGCCGUGAGUCAGGACCCGGAGCUGGUGGCCGACCCUCUCGUGAGCUUUAACAGUCUCCGCAUAGAGGGGACCACGCUGGAGCCCACCAUCUUGGCGAGCUUGUUGGACAAGCCGGAGCUCUGCUUUGAGAUCCCCGUCCAGAGAAUAUCCAUGUCCGUCUGUAAAACCCAGCGUGCCCUGCCGUGGGCCGCAGACCAGACCCCCAAGUGCCGCGUAGAGAGUGUUACCGAGGUGACGGACAGGUUCUUAUACCAGUUCCAUAAAGAGAGCAUGACAAGUGCGAGACCUCCACCCAGACCUCCCAAAGGAAGUCUGUCUGACUUGACCACAAGGCCACCGAAAGCGACUCAAAGCAUGCUGAGCAAAAACUUUGGUAGCUUGACCUUGAAGAGCAAAAGUUAUUCACUGCCGCCACCUGCUUUCCGACCAACUAUCGCAGACAAACAGCCGCCAGCCCCACCGCGCAGGUACUCGGCAGCUCAGACCCCGCCUGUAAGGGCACUGCCCAACGCUUACUCAGACCAGGGCACUCUGGUUAAAGAGUCACCAGAGAACACGCUAGAAGAUGCCUACGAGCAAGUUGAGGACCUGAUCGCGGUGAUCUUAAACAAAGUCCAGAAGAACGCGGCUGCCAACUGACUACGCAAUGCCGAAACAUAUUUAUGCAAGAAUAAUUACGCACAAAACUGGAACUCUUAGCUAAGAACUUCAAUUCUGCUGAGAAUAUCAAUAAAAGACAAACAUGUUGGAUAACUCAUCGCAGAAUACCUUAGCAAACCACGGAUGCCAUGCAAGGACAGUGGAACCUACAUUUACAAACCCCGCUAUUUGCUAACUUUCCGGUUUGCAAACCUUGAGAUUGAGACAAAUUUGUCAGUGUACGAUCGCUUUAUUCUAAGACUGGGUGCUAAACCGGUAUUACACUAUUUUAGAAAGUUGUAUGUACCUACAAACUUUUCGGUUUGCAAACCUUUAGAUUGAGACAAUUUUCUCGGUAUAUGAUCGCUUCACGCUAGUGUUGGGUGCUAUACCGAUAUUAACUAUAAUACCGGUAUAUUUCAGAAAGCGGUAUAUAUUUACAAACCCCUCUAUUUGCGAACUAUUCAGUUUGCAAACCUUUAGAUUGAGACAAAUUGGUCGGUGUGUGAUCUUAUUCAUUCUAGGACUGGGUGGUAUGCCGGUAAUACACUAAAUACUGGGAUAUUUUAGAAAGCGGUAUAUAUUUACAAACUUUUCGGUUUGCAAAUCCUUAGAGAAAAAUUUCUCCGUAUAUGAUCGCUUCAUUCUAGGGUUGGGUGGAAUGCCGGUAUUAAGUAUAAUACCGGUAUAUUUUAGAAAGCGGUACAUAUUUACAAACCCCUCUAUUUGCGAAAUUUUCGGUUUGCAAACCUUGAGAUUGAGACAAAUUCGUCGGUGUACGAUCGCUUCAUUCUAAUAUUGGGUGGUAUAACACUAAAUACUGGUACAUUUUAGAAAGCGGAAUAUAUUUACAAACUUUUCGGUUUGCAAACCUUUAGAUUGAGACAAAUUUCUCGGUAGAAGAUCGCUUCAUCCUAGGGUUGGGUGGUAUACCGGUAUUAAGUACAAUACCGGUAUAUUUUAGAAAGCGCUAUAGAUUUACAAACCCCUCUAUUUGCAAACUUUUCGGUUUGCAAACCUUGAGAUUGAGACAAAUUUGUCAGUGUACGAUCGCUUUAUUCUAAGACUGGGUGCUAAACCGGUAUUACACUAUUUUAGAAAGUUGUAUAUACCUACAAACUUUUCGGUUUGCAAACCUUUAGAUUGAGACAAUUUUCUCGGUAUAUGAUCGCUUCACGCUAGUGUUGGGUGCUAUACCGAUAUUAACUAUAAUACCGGUAUAUUUCAGAAAGCGGUAUAUAUUUACAAACCCCUCUAUUUGCGAACUAUUCAGUUUGCAAACCUUUAGAUUGAGACAAAUUGGUCGGUGUGUGAUCUUAUUCAUUCUAGGACUGGGUGGUAUGCCGGUAAUACACUAAAUACUGGUAUAUUUUAGAAAGCGGUAUAUAUUUACACACUUUUCGGUUUGCAAAUCCUUAGAGACAAAUUUCUCCGUAUAUGAUCGCUUCAUUCUAGGGUUGGGUGGAAUGCCGGUAUUAAUUAUAAUACCGGUAUAUUUUAGAAAGCGGUACAUAUUUACAAACCCCUCUAUUUGCGAAAUUUUCGGUUUGCAAACCUUGAGAUUGAGACAAAUUCGUCGGCGUACGAUCGCUUCAUUCUAGUAUUGGGUGGUAUAACACUAAAUACUGGUACAUUUUAGAAAGCGGAAUAUAUUUACAAACUUUUCGGUUUGCAAACCUUUAGAUUGAGACAAAUUUCUCGGUAGAAGAUCGCUUCAUCCUAGGGUUGGGUGGUAUACCGGUAUUAAGUACAAUACCGGUAUAUUUUAGAAAGCGCUAUAGAUUUACAAACCCCUCUAUUUGCAAACUUUUCGGUUUGCAAACCUUGAGAUUGAGACAAAUUUGUCAGUGUACGAUCACUUCAUUCAAGUAUUGGGUGGUAUUUUAGAAAGCGGUGUACAUUUACAAACUUUUCGGUUCGCAAACCUUUAGACUGAGACAAAUUGGCUGGUGUACGAUCUUAUUCAUUCUAGGACUGGGUGGUAUACCGGUAAUACACUAAAUACUGGUAUAUUUCAGAAAGCGGUAUAUAUUUACAAAUGUUUCGGAUUGCAAACCUUUAGGUUGAGACAAAUUACUCUGUGUACGAUCGCUUCAUUCUAGGGCUGGGUGGUAUACUGUUAUUAAGUAUUAUACCGGUAUAUUUAAGAAAGCGGUAUAUUUUUACAAACCCCUCUAUUUGCGAACUUUUCGGUUUGCAAACCUUGAGAUUAAGACAAAUUUGUUCGCUUCAUUCUAGGGUUGGGUGGUAUAGCGAUAUGAAGUAUAAUACCGGUAUAUUUUAGAAAGCGGUAUAUAUUUACAAACCCUUCUAUUUGCGAACUUUCCGGUUUGCAAACCUCUAGGUUGAGACAAAUUUAUCGGUGAAUAAUCGCUUCAUUCUAGGGUUGGGUGGUAUACUGUUAUUAAGAAUAAUUCCGGUAUAUUUUAGAAAACGGUGUAUUUACAAACCCCUCUAUUUGCUAACUUUCCGGUUUGCAAACCUUUACAUUGAGACAAAUUGGUCGGUGUAUGAUCUUAUUAAUUCUAGGACCGGGUGGUAUGGCGGUAUUACACUGAAUACUGGUAUAUUUUAGAAAGCGGUAUAUACCUACAAACUUUUCGGUUUGCAAACCUUUAGAUUGAGACAAAUUUCUCGGUAUGUGAUCGCUUCAUUGGGUGGUAUACCGAUAUUAAGUACAAUACCAGUAUAUUUUAGAAAGUGGUAUAUAUUUACAAACCCUUCUAGUUGCGAACUUUUUGGUUUGCAAACAUUUAGAUUGAGACAAAUUUGUCGUAUACGAUCGCUUCAUUCUAGGGCCGGUAUCACGCUAAAUACUGGUAUAUUUUAGAAAUCGGUCUAUAUUUACAAAUUUUCCGGUUUGCAAACCUUAAGAUUGAGAAAAAUUUGUCGGUAUGUGAUCGCUUCAUUCUUGGGUUGGGUGGUGGUAUACCAGUAUUAAGUAUAAUACCGGUAUAUAUUUACAAACCCCUUUAUUUGCAAACUUUUCGGUUUGCAAACAUUUAGAUUGAGACAAAUUUGUCGGUGUACGAUCGCUUCAUUCUAGGACUGGGGGGUAUUUUAGAAAGCAAUAUAUAUUUACAAACUUUUUGGUUUGUAAACCAUUAGAUUGAGACAAAUUUGUCGGUAUAUGAUCGCUUCAUUCUAAGGUUAGGUGGUAUACCGGUACUAAGUAUAAUACUGGUAUAUUUUAGAAAGCGCUAUAUAUUACAAACCCCUCUAUUUGCGAACUUUUCGGUUUGCAAACCUUUAGAUUGAGACAAAUUGGUUGGUGUACGAUCGCCAAAAACUGGUAUCUUUUAGAAAGCGGUAUAUAUUUACAAACUUUUCUGUUCGCAAACCUUUAGAUUGAGAAAAAAUUGGUCGGUGUACUAUAGCUUCAUUCCAGGGCUGGGUGGUAUACCAGUAUUAUACUAACUACUGGUAUACAUACAGCAACAUACAUGAUCAAUUUUGGUGAUGUAGAAAAGUUACAAUCAAAUCAAAUUAAAUAGACUCGGUUACAAACGAGACAAUGGGAAAGCCAAAAGAACGCAGCACAGAUCUGAAGAAAAAAAACGAAUCAUUGACUUGAACAAGUCAGGAAAGUCACUUAGAGCCAUUUUAAAGCAGCUUACUACAUUUUCAUUAGACCCAUAAUAAUUCCUAAAAGAACCAAACUUCAUGAAUGUUUUUGUGAGCAACAAGUAUGUGCUCCAAUCGCACUAUCACAAAAAACAAGAGUUGGAGAAAAUUACUGGAAACUCAAGACAGCCAUGACAUUAUGACCUUCACAAGUGUAUGUAAACUUUUGACCACGACUGUAUUUCAGAAUCAGAAAUACUUUAUUAUACCAAAGGGGAAAUUCAAAUUUUCAAUUUUUUUUUCAGCACAAUCCAAUUCAAGAUCAGACACACAUUACAGGGAGACAGAACAGGAUCAAACAUUAUAUAUAUAUACAGUGUAUAUGUAUAUAUUCAUAUACAGUAUAUAUACAGAAUUGUGUAUAUUAUAUUAACAUAAUAGAUGUAUAUAAUUGGAUAUCAAGUGUAUGGGAAAAGUUAUUCCUACCUUGUUUACGUCUGUGAUGACCUUGAGGUUCUAUAAUCAAUCAAAAAUAUCAAGCAGCUAAAAUGCACCAAACAUGGACAAGCGUGGAGUAUAUUGCAUUUUUCCCAUCAUGCAUUGUGAUUGUUUUAAUAGCGUGUAAUUUUGAACAUUUUUCAUAAUAUUGACGAUGUUCAGUGACCAGGGUGUGUUUUGUAUAAACGUGUGUCGACUUUU